CAAAAAUCCCCCGCUGAACCCUCCCCGAGGGUGCCGACUGGUAAUAGAUACCACAGUUUCACUACGUAAGCAGGGACGGGCUGGCUCGCCCCUGUUGUAGCAGUGAGGUAUCUAGCUAAGGUCAGACUUCCUACCUGGGUGUUCGUUGCUCCUUAAUAGCACAACAUUCAGAUAGGGAGUCUUACUAUGGUUGGGGGUACUUAAAGGGCUGGAUCAAGGUGUCAUGCGACCCGUGCCGAGGAUCAACAUGGCUGGGGGCCCUUAAAUAGCCCAGUCUCGAACGGAGCUUACGGAUACCUGGCGCCCUCCAUAAUAAGAUAGCCUUACUUGCGUAAAGGGGGCUAUGCGCAGGCGGACAUACUUUCCCCUACACUCGUGGGUCCAAAUAUGAGCCAAAUCAACAAAAAUAAAAAUGCAAAUUUUAAGGAGUCCGGAGCUCCUAUAAAAAAGCCGGAGGGAGGUGGUAGUUUUCAGAAAAGAGUAGCGUUCGUUACUAACUCGAGAAUAGCCAGCGUGAGGACAGGAGCGAAGCUUGGUCCUGGUGAUAAGGCAAGCACUGGCUCGGAAGCUAAGGCUGACUCCAAGAAAGGGACAGCACUGGAGGCAGCCAUUACCUUACCCUGUAGCCAAAGCUUGGCUGCUAAGCAGGGGGAGGAAGGAGAAGCCAAAAGUGCUGCUGCUACUAGUGCGUCAGCCAGAGAAUGGCCGGUUUUUAGAAUCGAAGACCCAGCGAAGGCGAGGUAUGCGGAAAAGCGACGUGCUGCAUACCUCCUGAGAAAGGUAGAGCUGCAACCGCCAAACAAGGAGGAGCUAACGGAGGAACUCCAAAACUCUAUUGACUGCGCGAGAGCAGUUCUACCUAAUUUUAAACUGGAACCGCCAGUAGUGGCAGCCAAGAGACAAAGGUCAGCUGAAGAGGCUAAGCCGUCGGCCAAGAGACCGAAGACUAAGAGCGUAACGCCCGCAAAAUCAUUUGCUGAUGUAGCCCGGAACCGUAUUAUCAUUGGUGUGCUGGAUGAAGGAGAUCCCGAAGGAAAAAUCCCCAGAGCCCAAUGGAAAUGGGUGCAAGCCGCACUGACUAAUGUGGCAAUGGAAGUGCUAUUAAGCAAUCCAGGUCCACCCCCGUCAUGUACGGAUGCCGGAUGGUACCAGGGCCAAAUUAAAAUGAUAGCUUGUGACGACGAAAGAUCGGUCCAGCUAUAUAAGGCCGCAAUAGCCAAUGUAGGGGAGGUCUACCCUGGAGCCAGGCUUGUAGCGGUAGACAAGAAGGAUAUCCCAUCCCGACCAAGGGCUAGGGUAUGGAUCCCGGCAACACCAUCGCAGCCGGACCAGAUAAUGCAGCUCAUCAGAGCCUGCAACCCGAAUCUGCCCACUGGGGGAUGGAGAUUUGUCAAGGCCUUCGAAGACCCCGCAGCUGAAUCUUGUAUGGAGACGAAACGAGCCACAAUGCAGAUUCUGCUGUUGUUAACAAAAAAAUCCUUAGAACCCCUGUCGAAAAGUGACGGGGAAAUCAACUACGGAUUUACAAAAGUGAAGGUCAUGACCUACAAGUCGGACGCCGAUGCAGUAGACAACUUGGAAUCGGAAACGGAAUGUGAAGACGAGGAAGAUCCAACGCAGUCCUCGAGUGACGUGGAAAACACUGAGCAAGCAAACUAGCUUCUCUAGCCCUAAUUAACCGCAUGACAGUAAAGCAGCCCGACUUCGUCCUCGUUCAGGUGCCACAGGUUAAUGGAGGGCGUAUUUGCGGAUUGAGGACACUGGGUUAUAAUUUAUACAUGGACAAACUGUCUAUAAUUAUUAAGAUACCACAGCAGUGAGCUGGGAGACGGGCAGCAGAAAAUACCGGCUGGUGUUAUGCUACAUGCUGUAUGAUGAAGUAGAGGUACCACGAAGCAUCCAGGUUCUUGACUAUACUUGGGUGCGAUUUCAAUGCACAUCACACGUUAUGGAGCAGCACGUAUAUCAAUGAAAAAGGCUUUCGUUUAAUGGAAUAUUUUGUGUACCAAAUUUCAUCAAUAUGUCAAUUUUUACUGAAGUUAUCGCUUGCACGGACAGACAGUCACUCGGAUUUCAAGUCGUCUCGUCACCCUGAUCAUUUAUGGAGUAUAAAAUGUUGUGAAACAAUUCAACAAUCAUUAUUUGACAAAAAGGUGAAAGACUUACAAUCAUGUUUGAUAUCUUAUUAAAUUCUAUUACAGGAUGUAGACCAACUUAGUCUCAUUAUAUUUUGCUUCAAAUCUGAGAUAUUGGUAUUAUAAAUAGCAACUAAUUAACUCAAAUGAUAUACAUGUGAUAAAAACUCAGCCAAAAAAGCCAGAUUUAAUACAUUGGGUAUAUGAAAAACAAAUUACCCAGUGAAACGGAAAUUAUUAUAAUAAGGAUAAGGGUAUUAACUACGCUCUAGAGCAAUUUCAUUGAUAUGUGCUAAACCACAUUAUGCUUAUGAAAACUUUGAAAUAUCACAUAAAUUGACCAACAUAAACGGCUUAAAGCCGUAAAUCAUUAUAUUGGGUAUAGUUCUGGACUGAUUGUGUUAACUUGUGCCUUUACUCAAAUAUAUUCGACAUAAAGUCUGCUAAAUUAACGUAAAUCAAUAAAUGUAGUAUAUGGUAGCUCGGGUAAUUUGUUGACCAAUUUUAACCAUUUUCUGAAUUAAAUUGUAAUACAUAUUUACAUAUGUAUAACCAAUAUUAUAUGUUCACAUAAUUUUGCUAAGUUAUCUUACAAAUUGGCUUCUUUACGAUAUCUCAUAUAUUAGCCAGUAUAUACGGUAUAAAGUCAAUCGGAAGUUUAAAAGCCUUUUUAGACUCGAUUUUUAGUAUUAUAUCCGUUAGAAGUAUGUUCUGUGGUUCUAUUUCGCCAAUUUUCACACCGUAAUAUAUGAAUAUCAAGAUAAUAGCAUCUAACGAAUUUGAUUGAAUUGGUCCUGCAAUAUGGGUUUUUACCUAAAGGUGUCCAAUUUUGAUACCGGGACCUAUAACGUCCUGUUUUUAUCGUCUCAGGUGCAAAACUUAAUUUUAAUUUAAGUCUGAGGGGGGCCGAAAGAUUUGUCCUAAGCAAUUUUGUUUAUUUAACUUGACCGGUUUUGGAAAUAUAUAUAUAAUAUUAAACCUAUUAGAGGGCAGGACCACACCCACUUUUUCAGAAUUUUUAAAAACACAGAUGCUCCACCCUAAUGCGUUUCGUUGUAACAAAUAAAUUUAUUUCAUCUUAUUGUAGAGUUAAAUUGAACUACUCGUCAUCCCGAUCAUUAAAUACAUACAAAUGGUAUAUGUAAUAUAUAACUCUAUAUCUAUCCCGAUUAGUUUUAGGUGUUAUAAACAACCGUUAGAUGAACACAACUAUUAUACUUUCUGUUGCAACAUGUUGAAAUUAAGGGACAAAGCCCUUUCUUCUACAAAAUUUAACAGUAGCAUUAGAUUAACUGUAUUAUUGAUUCAACAAAACCACAAUGCUCCCGAGUAACCCAGAACUAGAGGUCGUAUACGUGACAGAGAGAAUAACAAGCAUAAUAUUUCUCAGCUGUUAUUGAUAACCAACUAGUUAUACCGUUACUUUGAAUGGGAGAAUGGAAAUUUACUAAAGUCGCAAAAGCAAUUGGCACGGAACCAUCGAAUUACAGACAAAAAAAAUUUAUUUGCACGGUGUUAAUGACAGAAAUAAAACGUUACUGCAAACCGUAGUUUUGCAUGAAGAGGCAAGCUCACCAAUUAUGGAUCACAUCAAAUUAAGUGAACAGUGGUAUUAGGGUAUUAACAAUCGGACGGUACGACUUUGGCUCAUGCACUGCGAGUAUAGAAAUCGAGUGUGGGUGUUUAUGCUCGAUGAACUAUGAACGAGUCCACAAAGCGGACUACUAUUCAGUCAAUUUUUAAUGUCUAUGAGCAAGAAAGUGAAAUUUCUGUUCUACAAGUAUAUUUGUGUGAUGGUCAAAAAAUUUGUAGUAUGUUUUGAAGAAAUUAUUACAAGUAUAUAUACAUAUAUACUUAAGUGAUGUAUGUAUGUAUUGUAUAUAGUAUAUAGCGUUUUUUGUACUACCAGUUUAUUCGAAUGUCAAAUAACAUUUGGCUGACCAGCCGCCCUAUGCAAACUAUUCUUUAUAAAUAUUUGAUGGAAUACAAAAGUCACGAGAUUGUGGCGGUCAUUGUUUUAUACCACUAAGGUGGUUGGUUGUUGACCUUGUUUAAAAAUACUUAUCGGUCAAUUCAACAAUUCCGUUUUGCCUUUUUAAAUAAGUUUAUAUUCAAAAUUCUACAUUCUUUUCAUUAUCUAUGUUACCUCGAGUACCGAAAAAUAAUUAAUAAACAAAAAUCCUUUUCAUUACUGGAUUAAUCUAUUAUCGAGAUCAAGGUUAGUUCAAAGACUUUUCAACCCAUGUAGUAGAACGGUGUAGGCCGUAAAAGCCUUUCGAUAUUAAUAGGUCACGUCGAGCAAAUGUAUCGUGAUAGGUAGAAUGCUUACAAAAACUAACGAUCACCCUAGAGCACGGAUACAUAUGAAUGUUUCUAGUUUAGUGGUGGAUAUUCUUGUCUGUGUUUUUACAGUAGCUUGUAACAAAUUCAUUAAAAAUUUAACGACAUUGUUGUGAAACGGUAAUUGUACGGGUCAAUUGUAAAUCGCAUAAUGGCAACAGAGUUAAGUUCAAUUGAACAUGAAUCGAACGAGUCGGAUGAAGACUGUGAGGUAUACUUCCUUAAACCCGUCAACGAGUAUAACAUUGCGGAGAAAAUCAAAGAAGCGAACAAAGUAUUAUUUGAAGAAAUGACGGAAGUUAAUGAGAAGAUAGUCUGUAUGGAUGCCAUCGAUAUCGCUGAAGAUUUAUCAACAGAACCAGGGGCUGGAGUCCCACUACGCAAAGUGACAUUUGCACCUAAUUUAGAAACUUACGAACCGGAUAAUGCACUCUUGGAAACACUGAAACUUACACGCGAAUUCGAGGAAGCAGUUGCCGAGGCAAAGGAGCUCGAUAGAAAAUUAACGACUAUUUGUGAAUAUCAAACGAUUAUCGAAGAAACAACUAAUACAGAAGUGGCUGCGACAGAUACGACAGACCAUAGUGUCGCAGAAGCUCUUCUUUCAACAGAUGUGACACAAGUGGGUGCAACAAUUAUACAAGAGUCAACAGUGGAUGUCUCAAACCCAAUAGGAUCUGAGUCAACCCCUCAGAUAGAUGUCGAAUAUGAUAUUGUGGAAGAGAUUUGUGAGGAAAUUGUAGUAAUGGAGAUGGAAAAUAAGGAAAUAAUACCAGGUACAAUAAAUAUACCAAUCGACAAUUCGCGUCGCAUGGUAAAAAUGCGUACAUUUGAUUGCGCCGAAGAAGAUCCACCCGAUACAAAUGAAGAAGAGCAGGACCAUAAAAGUCUGACUAACCUCCUAACUUCCGAUGGAGAAGAAGAGUGCUGCAGCGCUGCCACAUUCGAUAUUAAUGAGGACAAUAGCGACCUUGAUGUAGACGAUAUUGAUGCAGAUACGAGUACAAACGAAGCCGAAAGCAAAACAAAAAUGCUUGCCGACGAAGUAUCCAACUUCUCGAAUAAUGAUGUGACAAAUACGGAGGGUUGUGACAAUGACGACGAUGACGAUGACCUCUCAAUUAUAGUUGCGUCUUAUCUUCCCGAUGAUUUCGAUCAGAAACGCUUGAGCAGUGGUCGCCUCAAACCCAUUAACAAAUCACGACGCUUACUCGCCCCACUAAAUAAACGCUUUUCUUUCCGUGGUAAGUCACUAGCUCGUAAUGCCAUCGGCACAACAAGCCAUGAUGGAGAUGGCUGCAGCAGUGUUCAUAGCGCCUCAUCUCGUGCGCGUCGACCCCAGUUACCACCACCCGAAGUCACCGAUUUAAAAUUAAACUACCGUACCUGUUGCGAAUAUCGGCGUCACUUGUCGCAACCUGAGAAACUACCCAAAUAUACAGGAUAUCUAUCAGAAUACGGCCUGAGUCGCCAACAACUCGAGGUGCGCGAAGAGAAUAUGCAACGGCAACAGCGUAAUGUACUGCAGCAGACGUUAAAGGCCAACGAUGCAGAGAUGCGCAAAAUGCAUGACAAUGAACGGGCCUUCACCACAUGGUUGCGCAACAAAAUGCGCUUCCCCAUCAAUAAGACUCGCAACAUGUUUGAUGUGAAACACCGCAGUCUAGAUGCUGGAUUUGGCGGUGGCUCUGGUGCUUGUGGCGGCAAUAGUGCAGUGCGAAAUGCUAGUGGAAAGCGGAAAUGAAAUCACUAGUGAUGAUCAUGAUAGCAGCUCUUUGAAUAGUGUAUUGUUAAGAGCUUAUUUUAAUUACCCAGAAUCUCCUCCUAUUGUGCAAUUUAUCGAUUUUCAAAAGGUUGAAAAUAGUAAUAGUCUUGGGUUAGUGAAAUCAUGUUUGAGCCAGAGAUAUGGAGUGGAUAGAAGCAGGAGAGCAAACGGAACCAAACACAAUGAAUUUGGUUUUUGUACUUGGUGAAACUACGCAACUGUUAAUGUCGGAUUAUCUUUAGCUUUGUCCUAUGUAUUCUCGUUCAUAUUUUAAUUGUAGAAAAUUUAAAUUAAAUUAAAAAAGUAAUCUGUUUUAAUACUGGAAAA